GGGAAGCAUGAAAAACGUUAUGUUUCAAUAAUCAUAACUCUAUACGGGAAAGCGCUUAUCACGUUUUUUAUGAGUCAUGAGGUGCGGAAUUGUUUCUGUUUAUAGAGGUUGUAAAUAGAUAAGGGAAAGGAAGCGCUGCGUGCUCGCAAGAUGUGAUAGUGGAUUUCUCAACACUGGAUUAGUUUUCUCAAGGUUUCCCCGCGCAUUCGACCUCUCAUUCGUCGAUUUGUAAAAGUUAAUAAAGUUCGACCUGUCAUCUGCCGAAAUGGAGAGUCAUUUUAUUUUUUAGACACAGACUUUCAAUUCGUCUUUGCAAUGGCAGCGAUGUAACGGCGCAACUAGAAUGAGAAGAUUGUGGCUUCAGCGCAUACUGACAAAGGUCAUUGCUUUCUUUAUAAUCUUGAUACUCCUUGUGUAUGUUUCAACAAUUGUAUUUUCAAACGAAGGUCACCUAAAUACCUUGGGAUCCACAGGAAUAUUUGAGAGACAGCGACUGACUGUCGAAUAUGGCAUUAAUUGUUCUACAGUGUAUGACAUGGAACCCUUGGAAGUCGGAAAAUGUUUAGUUGUCCGUAAAAACAAAAAAUAUGUGGAGCCACCUGACAAAAACAUUGUGAACGCCACCUCUGACUGCGUUAGGUUUGCUGUAUCACAGGGUUUUAAGGAGUUACAAGUCUCUGAGUUUGAGCGUGGGUUUCCUCUUGCUUACUCUUUGGUUGUUCACAAGAACGCUGAUCUAGUGGAGAGAUUAUUAAGGGCCAUUUAUAUGCCACAUAAUGUUUAUUGCAUACAUUAUGACCAGAAAUCUUCAGAUGACUUUAAAUCAGCGAUGCAAGGACUGGCCCGCUGCCUCCCUAACGUCUUCAUCGCCUCAAAACUGGAGAGGGUGCAGUAUGCAGGCAUCUCACGCCUCAAAGCGGAUCUCAAUUGUCUGUCUGAUCUCCUGGAGUCUGAGGUCAAGUGGAAGUAUGUCAUCAACCUGUGUGGUCAGGACUUUCCUCUGCGGACGAACGCUGAGCUGGUGUCAGAUCUUCAGAUGCUCAAAGGAAUGAACAUGGUGGAGAGCAAGAGACCUGGAGGAAAGAGUCAGCGCUGGAGUUUUCACCAUGCUCUGAAAAAUGACAAAGCCGAAUACCACGAGUCUCCUGUCAGCACUUCUGAGGAUAAACCUCCACCACCUCAUAACAUCGAAAUGUUUGUGGGCAGUGCAUACUUUACACUCUCACGGGAAUUUGCACUUUUUGUUCAGUGGAGUUCUCUCGCCAAAGAUUUCUUGGUUUGGUCUGAGGACACAUACUCACCUGAUGAACAUUUUUGGGCAACUCUGGUCCGUGUGCCGGGAGUACCAGGAGAGGUGCCGAGAUCUGACCCCGACAUCACAGAACUGCAUAGUAAAACUCGCCUGGUGAAGUGGUCGUAUUUAGAAGAGAAUCUUUACCCACCAUGCACUGGUGAACACAUACGGUCUGUGUGUAUUUUUGGUGUUGGUGAGCUCAGAUGGCUCCUAAACUAUGGUCACUGGUUUGCUAAUAAAGUUGACCCUAACGUAGAUCCUAUUCUUAUUGAAUGUUUAGAGGUGAAGCUUUUAGAAAAAUUGUUGAUGUCAAAAAAUAAAUAAAAAUACUUAAUUUUUUACCCUAA